CCCGAAUCGUAGAAACCCUAUCACUCUUCUUCGAGCUCUCACCAAUCACUUCUCUUUUUUAGGUCUAACCUUUUUCCUUUGCAGACUCUCCAAACCCUAACCCUAAAACCUCCAUCCAGCUUAACACAGUUCACAGGAUAUGGGAGAAACCAGGGACAACGAUGCCUACGAGGAGGAGCUUCUCGACUAUGAGGAAGAAGAAGAGAAAGCCCCCGACUCCGUCACCUCCAAAGUCAAUGGGGAGGCCGCCAAGAAAGGUUACGUUGGAAUACACAGUUCAGGAUUCAGAGACUUCCUUUUGAAACCAGAGCUUCUUCGGUCUAUUGUAGACUCUGGAUUUGAGCAUCCUUCUGAAGUGCAACAUGAAUGCAUUCCUCAAGCUAUCCUGGGCAUGGAUGUCAUUUGCCAAGCUAAAUCGGGGAUGGGGAAGACAGCAGUUUUUGUUUUGUCUACUUUACAGCAAAUUGAACCAACCCCAGGCCAAGUCAUUGCGCUUGUUCUAUGUCAUACUAGGGAGUUAGCAUACCAGAUCUGUCAUGAGUUCGAGAGGUUCAGUACUUACUUGCCUGAUAUCAAAGUUGCAGUCUUUUAUGGUGGAGUCAAUAUCAAAAUUCACAAGGAUUUGCUGAAAAAUGAAUGUCCUCACAUUGUUGUCGGAACGCCUGGUAGAAUUUUGGCCCUGGCUAGAGAAAAGGAUCUUUCUUUGAAGAAUGUGAGGCAUUUCAUCCUUGAUGAAUGUGAUAAGAUGCUUGAAUCACUUGACAUGAGGAGAGAUGUUCAGGAAAUCUUCAAGAUGACCCCCCAUGACAAACAAGUUAUGAUGUUCUCUGCAACUCUCAGCAAAGAAAUCCGCCCGGUUUGCAAGAAAUUUAUGCAAGAUCCAAUGGAAAUAUAUGUUGAUGAUGAGGCCAAAUUGACCCUCCAUGGUCUAGUACAGCACUACAUCAAAUUGAGUGAGAUGGAGAAAAACCGCAAGUUGAAUGACCUCCUCGAUGCAUUGGACUUCAAUCAAGUAGUUAUUUUUGUCAAAAGUGUGAACAGGGCAGCCGAGUUGAACAAGUUGCUUGUUGAGUGUAAUUUUCCCUCUAUCUGCAUUCAUUCUGGCAUGUCCCAGGAGGAAAGGUUGACUCGCUACAAGGGUUUCAAGGAGGGGCAUAAACGAAUUCUUGUUGCAACUGAUUUGGUUGGUAGAGGAAUUGACAUUGAACGUGUAAACAUUGUCAUCAACUACGACAUGCCGGAUUCUGCUGACACUUACCUUCACAGGGUAGGUAGAGCUGGUAGAUUCGGCACCAAAGGUCUUGCAAUCACGUUUGUUUCGUCUGCUUCAGACUCCGAUGUACUCAAUCAGGUUCAAGAGAGGUUUGAGGUGGACAUAAAGGAGCUGCCAGAGCAGAUUGAUACAUCAACAUACAUGCCAUCUUAAAAUUGCAGGAGUUGGGAAAGCUUUCUGAUUAAAAUGCGUUCUAGUGGGUUUCAAGUGAGGACCCAUGAUUGACGCGUUUGUUGUUGGAAGGUGGUGUAAAAUGGUUUGAGUCAAUUUGCCGGGCAGAUGCUUCCACUAUGUGGGUUAAAAAUUGCUUAUGUAACUUUUAAACAGCUCCGGAUGAAUUUUACCCUCUUUAGGAUAUAUAAAUGUUUUAUUGUGGUAGAGAUGGAAGUUGGGCGUGUAGUAAGUAGUAUGUAGCAGCAAGAUUUGUGGAUUUUGAGGCCAUACGAUUGCAUUGUAGUUGGGAUAUCUAGUCUUUUAAUUUGACAAAUUCUAGUUUAUCUAUAUAUUGGCAAAUUGUCACUGAUGUUGUAUUUUAUUGUAGGUUGUGGUAAAUCAGUAUCAAAAGAGAUAAAGACUAGUAUUUGCCA